AAACAAGCAUAUCAAAACACCAAAACAAAUAGCAAGGGGACCCGCGAAUGUAACUGUAUCUUCCCAUUCUCAUUCCCCUCGCCUUUAUGGCUUUGAAUACCCGACCGAGUCAACUUGACCCUUACCGUUUUCUCUGAAUAUCAAUUCUGCUUCUGCAUCAUCACACUUUCACACCUCUCAGAUCUCAACCGAGAUUCUCAUCUCCAGUGUUGCAGCUGAAUGCGACCAUGGCUUCUCGCAACUCCGACUCCAACUUCUUGAAGACCUUUGGGAUCCCGAAGCACGUGCUCGUGCCGGAGUCUGAGGUUGAGGAUAGCGAGAUCGAUCGUGAUGGACCGAAGUGUCCGGUGCUCGUUUUCGUUAACUCAAAGAGUGGUGGUCAGCUGGGAGGGGACCUCUUGAGAACGUAUCGUGCUCUUCUUAACAAAAAUCAGGUUUUUGAUUUAGGGGAAGAGGCUCCUGAUAAGGUUCUGAGCAGAAUCUAUGCUAAUUUGGAAAACCUCAAGCUUCAGGGUGAUCAAUUUGCUAUUAGGACUAUGGAGAGGUUGAGAUUAAUUGUUGCAGGGGGUGAUGGAACAGCUGGCUGGCUACUUGGAGUUGUUUGUGAUCUCAAAUUAUCUCAUCCUCCACCCAUAGCCACGGUUCCAUUGGGCACAGGGAAUAAUCUACCAUUUGCAUUUGGUUGGGGGAAGAAGAACCCAGGAACAGACGAACACUCGGUUGAGUCAUUUCUAGAUCAAGUAAUGAAAGCUAAGGAAAUAAAAAUAGACAACUGGCACAUUCUUAUGCGGAUGAGGGUUCCGAAAGAAGGUCCCUGUGAUCCAAUUGCACCUCUUGAGUUACCGCAUUCUUUGCAUGCCUUCCAUCGUGUAUCUGAGGCAGAUGAACUUAAUAUGGAAGGUUGCCAUACUUUUCGUGGGGGAUUUUGGAAUUACUUCAGCAUGGGAAUGGAUGCUCAAGUGUCUUAUGCAUUUCAUUCUGAACGAAAAUUGCAUCCCGAGAAAUUCAAAAACCAGUUGAUUAAUCAGAGUACUUAUGCUAAGCUUGGGUGCACGCAAGGAUGGUUUUUUGCUCCUCUAUUCCAUCCUCCUUCCAGGAACAUAGCACAUCUUGCAAAAGUGAAAGUCAUGAAAAGGCAUGGUCAUUGGGAAGACUUGCACAUACCUUCCAGCAUCCGGUCAAUUGUAUGUCUUAACUUGCCUAGCUUUUCCGGUGGAUUGAAUCCAUGGGGUACACCAAACAGGAAGAAGCAGCGUGAUAGAGAUUGGACACCUCCAUAUGUAGAUGAUGGCCUUAUAGAGGUUGUUGGUUUUAUAGAUGCCUGGCAUGGGCUUGUUUUGCUUGCUCCAAAAGGACAUGGAACUCGCCUUGCUCAGGCACACCGAAUCCGCUUUGAGUUUCACAAAGGAGCAGCAGAUCAUACAUUCAUGAGGAUUGAUGGGGAACCUUGGAAGCAACCCCUACCAGUUGACGAUGAUACUGUUGUGGUAGAGAUUUCUCACCAUGGCCAGGUCAACAUGCUUGCAACUCAUGAUUCCAAAGCUAAAAGUGUGUAUGAUCGGUCAUCACCAUCGCAUAAUGAUCCUGAGGAAGAUGAUAGUGAUGAUGAAGACUCUCUAGCAGAUGAAUUUCGGAAAUUUGGUGCUGCAGAUACAUUUAAAAUCCCAGAUGAGGUAGAUCUUGCGCAUCUUAGUUAGAUCUGUCACUAUUAAGCCAUUCUUUAGUGUUAUGCAGUUGACAUUACCUGCCCAAUCCCUACCUGUUAAGUCCUUACAAAUAUUUGUCGUUGCCCCUUUCAAUUGCAUCACCUAUUUGCUCAAUUCUAGCAGCGCUAUGUCUGCAAACUUGUAAUUAAGAAUUGAGAUUCAAUAAUUGCUUUGUUCUAAACGUUCUUAGAGCUGAAAUACAUAGAUUUGUAUUCUGCUCCACCUGUGGCAGGCCUUCAGUGUCGGUGUUCAAG